AUGCCCGAUAAUAUGAAUGCAAUUCUAGUCAAAUGCCCUAAAAAUAAUGCCCUAAACAAAUCGUGCGAGACGCAGUUAAUUGUUAAUAUUCAUAUGAACCCAAGCUUCGAUUUGGAUAACUCGGAAAAGUUUUGGGUAGUCGAUCAAGUAUACGAUCCAUCAAAAGGAACAACUUCAAAAAUAAUAUCGCCCUAUUUGAUAGUGGUUAGCAGGGGCGAGCCUGUUGUAAUGUACCCUCUUCAGUAUUUAAAAUCAAUAAAGCAGGAUAAAAUAAGCAAGAGGCCCUUUAAAAAAGUCAAUGACAUUACGGAUCUUGAUGGUUCUGCUUGUAAAACUAAUGAAUUAGUUGAAACAAAUAUAAAAGCCCAUGAGAUUGGAAAUGCAUCCAGAUUGAAAAGAAAUCAGCUUCCUGUCUAUGACAAAGGAAAAUCAAUUUUAUCAAAUUUUUUUGGUAAGGAAAGGCAAGAUAUACCCACCCCUUUUUGGCAAAGAGAUAAAAAGAUUAAUGAUCAAUAUCAAAAUGACAUUUCGAGCCUUGGACUUGUUCAAGUAAUGGAUUCUACUAUUAAGAAAAAUCCCCCGGAAACCCCCACGGAGUUCUUCCAUUUAAACAAUGAUAAACCGAUUAACGAUUUUAAAGAACAUUUAAACAAAGAUAAACAGAUUACCGAUUAUGAGGAACCGGGAAAAAUACAAAAGGAGCAUCAUAACUAUGAUCUAAAAAUGAAAUACGAAGACCAAAUAAGAAAUAAAAAAAUUGAAAGCAAGCCAAGAGAAAACAUAAGGAAUACUAACACCGUGGACGAUAGUGAUAUACGAUUUUAUAAUGAGGAGCUAAAAAACCAUAAGCCACAGCAGAUGGAAAGCAGUCUUGACAAACUGUAUACAAAUACUGAAAAGCCAGAAUAUGAAUCAGUGCCGCCUGAUUUUUUAUUGUACGAUCGAAUAGCACAAGAAACAAGAAGAAAACAAAUUCAGGAAACAUUUAAAAAUGAUUACACACCUCCUAGAAAAACAUAUAUUGAUUCGAAUGAUAUUUCAUAUAGCGAAGAGUAUAAAAAUAAUAAUUAUAAAUUACCUACCAAUAGUCAUCCCUCCGACGCUAAUGAUUUUUCACGUGAAAGUAAUAAUAAUAAUCUUCCGCCCAAAAAGGAAUAUGAAAAAAAUAAUUUUCAGACAUCCUUUCAUAGUCAGCCAAAUACAAAUGAUUUUCCGCUUGAAAAUGAUGAUGAAAAAUAUGCCUUACAGCACCUUAAAAGUGGGCAAUCCAACGUAAAUGAUUAUUCGGAAAGUAAGAAACAGCACUUUAACUUUAAACCUCUAUCGGAUGAAAAUGAUUUUCAACAAGAAAGGAAUUUCAGAAAACCAUAUAUUAAAAUGUCCUCUAAAAGUCUAUCUAGUGCUUAUGAUUUGCCACAAAGCGCUGAAAAAGAGCCCUAUAAUUUUAGGACACCAGUCGAUGGAGUGAAUGAUUUAACACACGGAAGUAAGAAUGAAGGAAAUGACUUAAGUAAUUCAGAUUAUACCAAUUAUUUUAAUUUUAAGGAUGAAAAGACAUACACUCAUGACAAUUAUCUGCACAAUGCAAAUGGUUUUGAAAGUAAUCAAGAAAACCUAAAUUUGAAUGCACCUAUGAAAAGUCUGUACAGCAAUAAUGAAUUUCCGCUGGAUAAAAAAUACGAAUAUUCAAGUUCACUUGCGAAAAAUUUUAAUGAAUUUCCUCUGGAUAAAAAAUACGAAUAUCCUAAUUCACCUGUAACCGAUUUUAAUGAAUUUUCGUGGGCCCAAAGAAACAUUGGAGACGAUAGCCUAGAUUUUAUUAUAAAUCAUCACAUGAAACAAAAACUGCCAAGUAACCGAAAUGAUUUGAGUUCUGAAUAUUUUAUGUCGGAUAAUAGUGAAAAAUAUUCAGAUUUUGGGUCGAAGUAUAAGAUAAACCCAUUUUCAACUUACCCAAAGACAAAUUUCUACAGAUCCUUGCCAGCAUCUAUAAAUCCCAGAAGAAUUAAACGAAGUAAGCUUCAAGGUGAAAAUAUAGAAACAAAUAAUGCUUCACCAUUGGAUCAGAAGUACGGUACCGAUCCUAACUCCUUAAAAAUGUUUAACUUAAAAAACAUAGAGGAUAAUGGGGAAAUUCCAUGUGAUACUUGUGGUGGAAAAAAUAAAAAGAAGGAUGAAAAGCCUCUUCCAAGAUAUUGCAAUGUUUUGGACGAAUCUAAAAGUCCUGAAAGUAAGAUUGAGGAUGUUGGCCCUAAACUUAAUGAUGCUGUUCCAUGCGAUACGUGUGGUGGUAAAAACAAGAAGCCUGGUGAAAAACCUUUGCCUGGUGGCCUGCAAUCCGAUGUUAACUCUGUAAGUAGUGAAAAUGAAGAACAAAGGCUACCCGAUUAUAUGAUACCAUGUGAAAAUUGCAAGAAAAACAACAAAUGUACCGAAGGAAAUCUGGAUUCUUCAUCCUGCGGCUGUAUAACUAAUCCAAGCGUGUGUAAUUGUGAAUCCUCUAAGUUAUCACGAGCUUUAAACGAAAGUGCAAAGGAUAUUAGCUACAGCGUAUUUAAUAUGAAAAAUCCUGUUCCAUUUUUAACCACAACGCUACGUGUUUUUAGAAGGCGCCAUAACACUUGGUGGCGGGUUGUCCCAAUAGUUACGCUUGAUACUGUAUCAGGAAUAUUCGCCAAUAAAGAUCUUUCAGCUGUUUUUACGUCACAUGUCGACUUGAUGCGCUUUGAGAAGUCAAUAGGUUUUUCAAACCGAAAACUUGUUAUUCCAAAAUCCCAUGAUAAUGCAUUCACUAAAAAAAGGCAUGUGAAUACUUUAAAAGAAUUACGGAAUAACAUAGGUAAUAGUGUUCUAAUUGACACUUCGAAUAAGGACAUUUCCAUUCAAGAAAUAAAGAACUUUUUAAAUGUAAACAUGGAAAAGGAGGCAAAGAAACAAGGAGGCUUAUCAACUAGAAGCAUCGAUGGUUUGGGAUACUUUCCAAUUUCUAUGAACGCCUUGGAGAAUUGUCCGCAUAAAGACAAGCACCUAUGUCUAAAUAUUCGGGAGGAAAAAGUUCCAGAAUAUAGUAUAAAAGUCAAGAUUCCCUUUCGGGAAAAUGCUCUAGUUAUGCGAAAUAAGCAUUUAGUUAAAAUAUCAAGAAUUAUUACCGAUGCAACAACAAAGGAUGCGCUUCAAAUUUCGAUCGAUGUGAUCAACAAAGGAUUCGAAGCGCAGGAAUUUACCGUAUAUGUUUGCAAUUGUGAUAUAUCUAAUAGUGCCUCAAUAGCAACUAGUGCCAGGAGAUUAUUACAACCGGAUAUUGGACAAACCGUCACUUUUUUAUUGCCCUUAAUAGUUGGGUCCAGAAAAAACACCAAGUUCAGUUGUGAUGUGGUGGUUAAGGCUAGCGUAUUCAAAGACAAUGAGGAACCGGAUACUGAUCUCCCAGAAAAAGAUGACUUAAAAGUUGGGGUUGUUGCAAAAAGGUCCAUGGAUGUUAAAUGCCAUUCUAGGUGCUUUUGUGUUUGGCGAUGUCGAUGCCACUGCAUCGGAAAGUUGGAAACUUUCAUCAACUAUAAUGCUUGUGAAAGAAUGGAUCCCAAAUCGGAGAAAGAGGCUGGCCUCAUUUACAAUUGUCCACCUGGUAACGAAGAACAUGAUGUCUGCAUCAAGGACAUUACAAAUGAACAAAAUGAGGAGAUAACUUGCGAUCUUACUUGUAAAAUUAUAGCCAUUACAUUGCUGGUAUUAAUUUUACUACUUUGGUUGGGACUUUUAAAGGCAAUUUUUGGAAUCUGUAUCGAGUGCAUUGGUCGCUGUGGUUUCGACACAGUUCAACCGGGCAGAAACUAUGAUUGCACAUCUUCGAUAAGGAUAUUUUUAGUAAACUGUUUCUUUUUCAUCAUAUUUCCCUUUGCAUGCUGGUGUAAAUUCUUUCGACCCAAGGCUAAGGACUUGAUAGAAGCCGGCUCCGAUUGGGAUAAUACGUCUCAAUCCGAUGAUAAUCCUGUGUGUUCAUGUGAUAAAAAGGAGUCCAGUACCAGUUGUCGUCUCCAUGGUGGACAAGAUAAGACCCUACACAAUAAUUUAGUUCUCGCCUUUGCUCCAAUGCAUGAAAACGGAUUAUUUAAGGAUGAGAAAUCAGAUGACGAGGAGAGUCAUUUGUUUAUCUUGGGAGUCUUGGAGGAAAGCAAAAAUUCACUGACUAAAAUGAUGAGUCAAGUUGCAGAACCCGAAAUAUCUCCAAAUAUUGCGCAUAGUACGGAAAGUGAUGCCGAUGCUAUAGCAGCCGACGAAUUAGUGGAAAGUCUCAGGAACUCACAAGUUGCUUAUAGGACAAUGAGUUCACCAAUUGGCGGAGUAAUCGACAUCCCUGACAACUACCAAUAUUGCAUAAAAGGUUUCUUUGUACAAACUCUAAAUUCGAUCUAUGAGUUUUUGAGCUAUGAUCCAUUAGCUCAGUUCGUUGGGAUUUCGGAACAGAAUGAAGUUAAGAAACUGGAAAAACCCCAAUAUAUCCACUCAAAUGAAUUCUCUAGAAUAUAUGCUGAUAAAAUCGAGGUCCUUAAAGCAGCUGACCUCUCAGUGGUUCCUCCACUGAAUGUUCAUUGUAUUAAUAUCGACGAUUCCACCCAUUUGGAGAGUUCGUUUGUCAAACUUGCAACGCAACAGGAACAACUGAAAGCUAAUCCGUCUAAGGAAAAUCAAGAUUCUUAA